AAAACAAAAAAGGAAGCCUUCGCUCUCACAACCUUUGCUGGGUGGCCAGCGGCCUAUCAGCGGGAGGGUCAAAGGUUACGGCCCGCUUUUGGCGGGAGACUGAGAUGCUCCGGUCGCAGCGGACGGUCCGGACCAAAGAUCUGAGAGAGCGAAUCGUUUCCUGGUUGGAGCAGAGGACAGGUGCUCAUUUGCAUAUGUUGAUUUGGCUGCGAUGACGCUGCGUGCGGGAGUUGAGGGCUCACUAGAACCUGGGAUGAGCGACUCGCAGAAACAGCCGGUUUCAUCAUGAACAGUCUGAGCGAAUGAUGGAGAUUCUCUUGAAGCUACAGAAAUGGCUCCAGUUAAAAUUAGACACGUGGUCUCCUUCACCUCUCAGGAUCCUAAAUAUCCAGUGGACAACUUGCUGCUCGAAGAAGGCCUCCGUCCCUGGCUCAGUGGCCCUCAGGACAGAAGCCGGCUGCUAAAAGUGGAGCUGCAACUUGAACAAGCAAGCCUCAUUGGCUACAUCGACAUAGGGAACUGUGGCUCCGCCUUCCUUCAGAUCGACGUGGGCCGCUCCUCUUGGCCUGCAGACAAGAGUUACCUGACCUUGUUGCCCACCGCCACUCUGAUGACCCCAGCAGAUGCCAAGCUGGACUGUAAUCGUUCUGGGGUCCGGAUGUUUAAAAAAGGGGACUUCUUGGCCUCGGCGCUGGGGGAGAAAUGGGAUCGCGUCAGGGUGACGUGCAGCCAGCCCUUCAACAAGCAAGCCCAGUUCGGCCUCUCCUUUGUUCGGAUCCGCACUCCAUCGGACGAUGACAGCAGCAAGGCACACCUGCCUUCCUCACCUGCUCAGGGACCUCCUGAGGCCACAGACAGCCCGUGGCUUUCCAGCGCAGCCAUCUGCAGAACGUUUUUCCCACAGGCACCAGUGAGCAGCACGGAGGAAGCGGCACUAAAAACCCGGCUUCAGCAGCUGGACCCAGCCUCCAGCCCUGGAACGCAGAGUCCGGUCUGUUUGAGCCGCCCGGCUAGGAUGGUGCUGAAGGCGGCCAAGGCCCGGAAGAGGACGUUUCCCCCCGUGGACACCCCUACCCGUUUGACCACAGAAAGCAAAGAGCAGGCCCCGCCAGCUGAGGACAUGGCUGACAGCUGCCCGGCGUCGGGCUCCAGGCAGGAAUCAUCCACCAGAAGAGAUCGUAUGAGAACCAAGAGGAGGAGGGGAUUGUGCCAGGGGGCUGCGAGGUCUGUAGCCGCCUCUUCUGUCCGACCAAGGCUUGGCUCUCGACGGGGAGGAAGAGGCCGAGGUCGGAAGGGAAGGUGGCAGAGGAGGGGAAAUGGGAAAGAGCCGGACGGAGAGGAAGAGGAUGAGCCAGAAGAGGCAGAUAUGGGGGUGGGCACGUGCCCCAUCUGUGAUGGCCGUUUUCCUAUCCGCCUUUUACCAGCUCAUGCCUCCCGGUGCGGAGAAGAGUUUGAAGCAAGCGUCUCCUCCUCCUCCUCGUCGUCCUCGUGGGAAGAGCCGCCCGAUGACCGCGUCUGCUGCCCCAUCUGCCAGUUCCAUUUCUCGGCCGUCGAGGUCGAGGCCCACGCCAGCUCUUGCGGGGAGCUUCCUGAUAGCAGCUCCUCCUGGCUGUGGGUAGAGCAGGGGGACUAGAUCCAGCCGGGGGGGGCCAGCAGCGCCAAGACUUUCGCCUGCCCGAGUGGGAACCAUAAAUUGUUUGUGCCGAUCUCUGUGGGUGUGAAGAGCUCCCAAGGGGCACCCAGCUGGCAUUUGGGAAGCCCCCCCUCGCGUGGCUCCUUUGUCGUAGGAUACGGGAGAGGCAGAAACCGGCAUCUUUCUUGGAACCAGCAUCUUUCCAAACUUUUGUCGUGGAAGCAUCCCUCAGAAAAGGAACUCCUGAAAGUCCAUCAUCCGUGGGAGCUGUUUUAAUGGCCCAGAAAGCGAAGGUUUCAUCUCCAAAUGUUACCCGGCCGAUGGCUUUUUCCUGGUCUUCUGUCCCCUUGUUUUGGUUCAGUUCCUGGGAGGGAGGGAGGGAGGGCUGAUUCAUUCAUGCCAAAUGUGGCUGAGCCCACCCCUUUGUGACUCCGUAGGGAACAGUGGACAAGAAGCAGUUUAACAAGGAUACGUGUUGAGUUCUGUAUUUAAAUAAAUAAAUAAAUAAAUAAAUAAAU